AUGGCGAUGCUGCCGGAGCUGGCCCAGCCGUGCACGCUGCGGAAAGUGUGGGCCCGCCCGGGCCCCGACCGAGGGGAGGGAUCCAAGCCGCCGGCCUUGGCGCCGUCGCUGGGCCUUGCCGCUGCCUCGGCCGCCGCGGCGGCGGCGCUGGAGAGCCGCAGAGGCGUCCGGCGCGCUGCGGAGAAGGCCGAGAAGGAGACGAAGUCGGAGAAGAGAUCCGAGAAGAAGUCGGACAAGAAGAGCCUGCCACGAGCAAGGCGAUACACGUCGGUCGCCCUUUGUCUGCGGAGGGGAAGGCCUUGGGAUCUCAGAUUUCAGCGGUGGACGUUGCUUUUGAGUACGCCCUUCGCCCUCAGAGACUGGAUCGCGAACCUGCGGGGCUUGUGGACCUCCAACCUGCUGCGCAGGAUCCAGGCGCCCGUGAUGUGCACCACGGCGGUGGCCUGCGCGGUGUGCUGUCUCCACGCCUUCCUGCCGAGGGGCAAGUUCUGGCACGGCAGCACCACUGGCCAUGCGCUGCUGGUCUCAGCGCUGGGGCUUCUGCUGGUCUUCCGGACCAACACCGCCUACUCGCGCUUCUGGGAGGGCCGCCAGAUCUGGCAGCGCAUUCUGGACGUGGGGAGGGACAUCUCCCGCGCGGCCAUCUUGUGGCGGAAUGAGAUGGGCCCGCAGACUGCGGCCCACAUGUGCCGCCUGGUGCAGGCCUUUCCGUACUGCAUGAUCGAGCACCUCAGGGGCCGCAAGGACAAGUCCAUGCGAGCCAAGCUGGAGCGUCUGAUCGGUCCCAAGGGGGAGCUCGCGUGCACCAUCCAGUCGGACUUCAGCCUGCCGGUGUCGUCCAACCGGCCACUGUUUCUGGUGAACCAGUUGGCGCACACCAUCAGAAGCGUGCCCAAUGGUGAGACGGUGCAGGCCAUGUACACGAACCGGGAGCGGUCUUGGCUGAUGCAAAACCUGGAGAAGCUGAGCUCCACCAUCGGCGCCUGCGAGCGCCUGGUUCAGACGCCUGUGCCGUUGAGCUACGUGCGGCAUACCUCGCGCUUCCUUUCACUCUUCAUGCUGACGCUGCCCUUUGCCCUGGUGGAUGUGCUGGGCCCGUACACUGUGCCAGUCACUUGCUUCGCAAGCUGGGCGCUCUUUGGGAUCUUCGAGAUCGGGCUCGUCAUUGAGGACCCUUUUCAAGGAGUGCUGAAGGUGGAGGUCAUUGCUGACACCUUGCAGGCGGACAUCGAGGAGACCAUCCGCAGCCUGGGCGCCGACGACUUGUUGGACGCCGGGGCGCUGGGCAUGCCGAAGAAGCGCAGCGAGAAGAAGCGCAGCGACGCGUCCAGCUGGGCGUCCUCGCAGACUCUGCCCUCCACCGGUGAAGAGAUCUCAGUGGCCGUGGCUGGGGCACGGAGGGAGAGCGACUCCGAAGAGGAGGAGCGGACGCCUGUCCCGGAGCCCUUGGAGGAUCCAGCCCUCGACAAGCUCCAGAAGUUGCGGGACAGCAAGUCCCACCUGUUGCUGCAGAUUUUCCAGUCCUACGAUGUGAACGGAGACAAGGCCAUCGACAAGAGCGAGAUGGAGAAGGUGCUCCGAGACACCACUGACAUGGAGUUCUCGGUGGAUUGGCUGGACACCAUCUUCGAGGAGGCGGAUGCGGACAAGGACGGGUACCUGACGCAGGCGGAGUGGUGCAGUUGGGCCGAGAGCUGCUUCGAGCGCGCGGAGAUCGCGGACCUGGUGCUGAGGAUGCCCUCCUCCCCGUUGCUGCCAGCAGACACCCAGGACGACACCUGGGAUGACAAGAAUGAGGACGAAGACGCCGAACAUGAGGAGGAAGAGGAGAAAGGUGAGGAGGACACCGAGGACGCCGAGGCCAGGGACGAGGCAACGGAGUCCGGCGACGAAGCCGGGGACGAGGCUGACAAUGCCGACACCGAGCGCGCGGAGGACACUCCGAGUGCGGCGAGGGACACAGCCAAGAAGAGGUCCGACUUGGUCAACUUCCUCUUGGAAGGGGAUGACAACCCGAGAUGCAAGGUGGGUGCGUAGGUACCUUGGAUGGAGCCUGUUCGAAUCCUAAUGGUUGGUAUUGGUGGCAUGUGAUAGCUCCGGCAUGAGUUAAUCCAUCCCAUUGUGCGGCGCGUGCAGUGCCGCCCCGAGUGCCGCUUGGCGGGGCCGCGCGACUAGGAUCCGCGCGGCCGUGCGACCGGCCGCUCGACUGCUUUCUCCCACCCCGGACGUGCGCCUGGGAGCCGGUCUAAUUGGCCGGACGGGAGGCUUUUGGUACCCAAUGGGUUGGCCUGCUCGCGGUGUUGAGAGCUGCCGCGUUUCCGUUGGAAUUACUGGCCGGCACUGCUCGCUUCAGGCAGGCAAUCAAGAGUCCACA